AACAAAUAUAUCGCUCUCUCUAAAACCCGAAUAGUUCAUAGUGAUAGUGUGUGCGUUAGGGUUUUUGGAAUCACGGAGAAUUUUUUGUGAAAAAAUUGAAAUUGCUGCGCUGCAAUGGACGUUGAAAUCGAAGAAAUUUCUGCUCAUGAUGAUUCUGUGAAGGUUAAAGACAAUAAGGAGGCUAUGACUGAGGAUAGUCCAGAUACUGUAGCUGGGUCCACAUCUGGAUCUACCGACUCUGGCAAUAACAACAGUUCCAAUUCAGACAUAGCAUAUCAUGAAGAUCAGAAUGAUGGAGAUGAUGGGUUGGAUGAUUGUGAUGAUCUGUCAAACUAUGAUGAUGAUGAGGACUAUAUGUAUUAUGAUGAUGAGGAUGAUGAAUGUGAUUACUUGAGUAUGCAGGCACAACUUGAUAAUGUUGAUUUGCCCGCUGGUGUUGAGGCAACAGUUUCUUGGUUAAAUGAACCUGCUCCUAGUUCAAAAGUGUCUUCCCAAGCUAGCUCUUCGAGUCAUCUAGCAGGUGCUCAGACAUUGAAUCCUACACUUCCUGAGCAUGCAAGUAGUAGCUUUGCUCAGGUCCCUGCUUCAAGCAAUUCUUUGGUGUCUGGAGGAUCAAAUUCCUGUGGGAAGGAAGAGGUAACUGAAGAUGAACUCAUGAAAAAGUAUCAAAGUUUUAAGCAUUUUGAUGUGGUAGAGGACUUCUCAGAUCAUCAUUACAGUAACUUGGGCGUCAAGGGACAACAGCCACCUAAGGCCUGGAGUAAGAAAGUUCAGGAUGAGUGGAAAAUAUUGGAAAAUGAUUUACCUGAUACAAUAUAUGUAAGGGUCUAUGAAGCAAGGAUGGAUCUCCUUAGGGCCGUCAUCAUUGGGCCACAAGGCACUCCAUACCAUGAUGGCCUCUUUGUCUUUGAUGUUCUGUUCCCUCAAAAUUACCCUGAUGUGCCACCAAUGGUUUACUACUAUUCUGGCGGUUUGAGACUGAAUCCCAACUUGUAUGAUUGUGGAAAAGUCUGUCUCAGUCUUCUGAACACUUGGACUGGUAAAGGUAACGAGAGGUGGAUGCCCAAUUCAUCGACCAUGCUGCAAGUCUUGGUUUCCAUACAAGCUCUAAUUUUGAAUUCAAAGCCUUUCUUUAAUGAGCCUGGAUAUGAAGCUUCAUAUGCUGGACUUGAGGGACAGAGGAGAUCUAACUCUUACAAUGAAGAUGCUUUUGUUCUAUCUUUGAAAACAAUGACAUAUACGUUGAGGAGGCCACCAAAGCAUUUUGAAGACUUUGUCAUAGGUCAUUUCCGUUGCCAUGCUGUAGACAUUCUUUCUGCAUGCAAGGCAUAUAUUGAAGGAGCUCCAGUUGGUUCUGUGGUCAAGGGAAUAGUUCAGGAUCUCAGUGCAACUGCAGAGAAGAGCUCAUCAACAUUCAGAGAAUCAGUAUCCAGAAUGAAGAAUGGUCUUAUAUCCCUUUUCACUAAGAAUGGUGCCAAUGAUUGUGACCGGUUUCGUGCUUAAGCCUACAAGGAUUGAUAAACCAUUAGAUCUUUUCAUAUGAAAAUCACAUGUUGCGCUUGCAGAAUGGUCCAUUUUCGACUGAUUGAUUUCCCCUCCAUUCACAAUUUCAUGUACAUAGUAGCUCUAAUUUUUGAAUCUAGAUAAAACCGGAUGCCUCUGUGCUGCUGUAGUAGGAAGUUGGCUUAUUUUAAGUGGAAAUUAAAUCGCAGCAGGGAUCUACAACUCAUUCUGGACAUACAUAGACUUUUAGAUUAAAUUGAUCAAAAUAUCCUAAUAUUCCAGA